AUGAAAGACGACAAGGAGUUUCCAAUUUUAUUUGUUUCCCAUGGCUCAACCAUGAUGCUUGGUGAAGAAUCAGUAGUGAGCAAGGACUGGGAAGAGCAGGGUAGGAAUGCGGAAAGAAGGGACGUCAAGGGUAUAGUGAUCUUGGGGGCCCAUUGGGAAAAGCCGGGUGAGGAUUUAGUUCAUGUUUCCAUAAAAGAACCUCCUGGAAUGAAUCCUAUCGCAUGGGUUGCAAAAGAAAAAUACGAAAACUACCAAAUUAACGGUAGUAAGGAACUCGGAACAAGAGUUGGCAAAAUUCUUUCAGAAGGAGGGAUCAAUGUAGUCUUAGAUGAUACUGAUGACUGGAUUCAUGACUCUUUAAUCCCUUUGAAAUGGAUGUUCCCAAAAAGGUGUCCACCAGUUACAUUAAUUUCAAUCAAUACAAAAUAUGAUCCCAUCUUUCAUGCCAGAAUUGGCAGUUUAUUAGCAAGACUCAGAGCUGAAAACAUCCUCUUGAUAGGAACGGGUGGAGCUGUACACAACCUAUAUAGAAAUUAUUGGCCGCAGAUUGUACAACAUAGAAAUAACUUUGCCCAAGAAACCCCACCCGAACAAUGGGCUCUCGAUUUUAGGGAUUAUUUUUACGAUGCCAUUCAUAGAAACCCAUCAACUGGAAAGGCAACUAUAAGGGAAGGUAUUCUAAGGUUAAUGCACAAUCCAAGGUUUAGGGAUGCACAUGGCACUGAUGAUCAUUACAUGUCUGCUUGUUUUGUGGCAGGUGCUUCAAGGUUUGAAGAAAUUGGCUAUCUCACCAGCGAAAUAUGGGAACUUCAAAACAUGGGUAAUUCUCAAUACAUAGUGGGCUCAUGGUAA